CUAAUCGAUCUUAGUGGGACGUUGCACAUCGAAGAUCAGGUCGUUCCCGGAUCGCUUCAGGCCUUGGAAAAAUUGAGAGGUGCUGGUUUAAAAGUAAAAUUUGUAACAAACACGACCAAGGAGUCCAAAAAUCUCCUCUUUCGCAACCUCAUCAAACUUGGGUUCAAGAUAGAGAAAGAUGAAAUAUUCACGUCAUUAACAGCUGCCAGGUCAGUCAUUGAUGAGAAAAAGUUAAGGCCCUUCUUACUGCUGGAAGAUUGUGCAUUAGAGGAUUUUGCUGGAGUAGACACAGACAAUCCAAAUGCAGUAGUGGUGGGUCUGGCUCCCUCAAAGUUCAACUAUGAAAACUUAAACAAAGCAUUCGACUUACUUUUAAAUGGAGCUUGCCUGGUUGCCAUACACAAGGGAAGGUAUUACAAAAAGGCUGACAACAAACUGCAUUUGGGACCAGGUCCGUUUGUGGCUGCGUUGGAGAAUGCAACAGGAGUCAUUGCUGAGGUUGUUGGCAAGCCAGAAGAUAAAUUUUUCUACUCAGCCAUCAGAUCACUUCAGCCGCCAUCAUCAUCUUCAUCGCCACUACCACAAUCACUGCUGUCUGGUGUCAUAAUGAUAGGGGAUGACAUCAGGGAUGACGUAAUCGGGGCCAUCAGAGCAGGGCUGACAGGGAUUCUUGUAAAAACUGGCAAAUAC